AGACAAAUGACAGAAGUCUGGGGGCUUGUUUGAGUUGGGGACUCUAAAAAAAAUGGCAGGAAUCUGCAGUCGGUUUUAUGGACCCCUCGGUGUUUCCUCACUUUGUUUGUCCUUCUGCCCUUCCUCAGUUUGAACCCCUCUUGAUAGAAAGCAAGAAUGCGGCCACCGUGGUGCUCAUGCUGCAGUCACCUGAGCUGGAAGUCAUCCUCAAAGCCUGCGAAGCCAUCUACAGAUACGCAGAGAAAGGAGAUGAAAACAAAGCCAUCCUCGCCGAGCUGGGCGCCUUGGAGCCGAUCUCAAGGCUGAUAAAACACGAAGACAAACCUGUGCGCAGGAGUGCCGUCAUGGUGCUGGGCGUCAUCUCUGCACAAAAUGACGUCAAAAAGUACUUGAGGAAGAUGAACGUCAUCCCUUCGGUUAUCGAACUGUUGGAACCAGAAGAAGACGUGGUGAUUCACGAGUUUGCGAGUCUCUGCCUGUCCUUCCUGUCCAGCGAGCCGGCUGUCAAAGUGCAGAUAUUAAACGAAGAUGGUCUCGAACCUCUGAUCGCCCUCCUCUCCAGUCCUGACCCUGAUGUCAAAAAGAACAGCUUGGAGACCAUCUACAACCUCGUGCAGGAUUUUUACAGCCGAGCGGUCAUCUGUGAGCUGAAUGGAAUUGCUCCUCUGCUUGAGCUGCUCAACUCGGACUACCCGGUGAUCCAGCAGUUGACCCUCAAGACCCUGGCAACGAUAACCAGUGAUGUGGAGACCCGGAUGGCUUUGCGAGAGUUAGAGGGGCUCGACUACCUCAUAGAGAUCCUGGGAACCAACGACCUUAGUGAUCUGCACGUGGAUGCCCUCCUGGUCAUAUCAAACUGCUUAGAAGACGAGGACACCAUGCAGCUCAUUCAGCAGACGGGGGCUCUGGACAAGCUCAUGCAGUUUGCAAGAACAGCCACCCUCGUAGACGUCCAGAGGAAAUCGGUGAAUGCGAUCCUGAGAGCCGCACAAAACAGUAAAAAUAAGAAGAUUUUGCACGAUCACGGGGUCGAGAAGAUCUUGGUAGGACUUUUGGGUCCGGAUAAUGCAGAAAUUCGAGAAACUGCCUGCUUGGCCAUUACCGUCAUGUGUGAAAACGAAUCCAGCAAGGUGUCAUUUGGGAAGUAUGUAAUCAAGCCACUGGUGCAGCUGCUUCAGAACGACUGUGGCGAGGUGAAGGAGGCGGCCGCACUCGCCCUAUCCAGUCUCACCACAGCCAACAUGAACAACUCCAUCGCUGUCUAUAAAGCCCGAGGCACAGAGCCUCUCGUACAACUCCUGGCUAACGAGAGGGAAGGUGUCGUGGCCCACGUCGCUGCUGUCCUUACCAACAUGUCGUCCCAGAACAUCCUGCGCUCAAAUAUUCAAGCCAAAGGAGUCAUGGCUGCCCUGGUGGACCCACUCCAGUCGGCCAGCAGUCUUGUGCAAAGUAAGGCGGCCCUGGCUGUGUCGGCCUUUGCUUGCGACUCGGAGGCCAGGGAAGAGUUUAGGAUUGCGGGGGGCUUAGUGGCGCUUGUGAGGUUGCUGAAUUCCAACAUCAAUGAGGUGCGACGCAGUGCCUGCUGGGCUGUCUUCGUCUGUGCCAGCGAUGAGCCCACUUGUCUAGAAAUGUUCCGCCUUGGAGCUUUGGAAAUCCUCCAAGAAAUCAAUCUGUCCACCUGCCGAAAAAAUAAUUUUAGCGAGGCUGCCCUGCAGAAGCUCUUUGAAGGCAACCUUUCGAUCAAGUACAGCCUUUAUGACUGCCUGUCAUCAAGUGACAUCAUCGUGGAUGGCUUCUACGACCCUGGACGGGUGAGUGUCACUUUUGGCUGCUCCUGGUGCCCCUGGGCUUUAUCUGAUGGAGACGUUGUGGCGUCUUCAGGUGAAACCGGUGACUUGGUAGAAUCCGUUUCUGGUGAUGAGAAACUGGUGGAUGGCGGUGAAUGGACCACUGGAAGAAGCGUCAGCAAAGAUAAAAGCCCGAGAAGUCGGGAUGAAGAGCAGCCUAAAGGAAAAGCUUCAGAUGCUAACAAUAUUUUUAGUAAAACAAAGGGUAAGGGCAAGGAGGAUGAGGAUGAAGAUGACGACAGGAAGACAUGGCUCCCUCCUUUUGACGCUGACUUCUACAGCUUGGUGAACGAAGUGACCAAACUCAUUUCGCCUCUGGAGAACACCCGGGACCGAGUGGUGGAGCUGGCCAUAUUUGUUGCAGAAACCAUGGGUGGCGGCGUAGAAAGACGGAAGCUGCACAAUUUCUACUGGGAACUCCACCUGAGUGAACUCAAGUAUGAGCUGAAGUCCAAUGUCAUCCCCAUUGGCAAAAUUAAGAAAGGCUUCUUCUGUCACCGGGCGCUCCUUUUCAAGGUAACCUGUGAUGCCCUCACAUCUUCUGUCUUUAAAAAGGGCAGUCAAAUUGUGCUUCAUCUGCACCCAAAAAGGACAAAGAGGGCAUUGGGCUUGCAGCUGAGCAGACGGGGGUGUCUGGACCGAAGGGUGUCACUUGAGAACGCCCAGCCACGUCUCCCUGUCUUGUAGGAUCCUCUAUUAGACGAGGACUGAGGUGGCUGCAUCAGGCCUUCCUUAAACUGAUUACACCCCAUCUCAAGUGAGAUUAGAGGCUCCAAGUCAGCCACACCCUAGUCGUCUUUCAUUUUGGUCACUCAGAGGAGUGGGCUCUGCAAAAUCUAAGGGCUCGUUUAUACUUCACGCUCAGAACGGGUACGCACACGCAUCAUGGC